UACUGCAAAAGAGAAAGUGAUGACAUCAAAGUAAGCUAAGGUGCAGCUUAUUCCACGAUGACAUUUCCGCAAAAUGGUUCCCUGUUUCCGAGGACAGUGCGUCACGCCACGUACGUCAACUUCCCGCGUCCGGAUGAUUGUUCUUACCUCCACCGACUGCCAAUCGAUGAGCAGUGUGAAUUUGUGCAGAUGACGGAAGCUUGCUCGGAGAGUGAGUUCUACUUCAACUACGUCGGAUUCCUGUACUGCACGAUUGACUCUGAUCGAGCGUAUCUCUUCUACUUGGGAUUUGUCCUGCUGCUGUGCGUUUGUGUUUACUACUUCGUUGUGUUGGGUACAACGGCUGACAAGUUCUUCUGUCCAACGCUAGCCGCCAUUGCAAAAUCGUUAAACAUCAGUGAGGCACUGGCCGGCGUUACGAUUCUCGCAUUCGGCAAUGGAUCUCCGGAUCUGUUUACAGCGGUCGCCAAUCCAGAUGCGGACACCGAGCUCAUGUUUUCCGAGCUGCUCGGAUCGGCUGCGUUUGUGAUUGGAGUAAUCGGGGGCACCGUGCUGCUGAUACAACCGUUUGACUUUCCUGCUUGGGGUGUCUCAAGAGAUCUGGCAUUUUUCAUCGCUGCGAUCGUGUGGAUAACGCUGAAGGCAGCUGACGAACGUUUCAGCGUGUACGAUAGCGCGACGUUGAUUGGAAUGUAUCUACUCUUUCUGUUCCUGGUGAUAUGGGAGUUUAUUCGAGACAAGCAGCAAGAGAGUAGAGCCAACUCGGCAAGCGGUGGAUCUGCAGAACUAGCUGCAAACCAACGAAAUAGACAGAUACAAGCAGUGAAUGCUGGAAGAAGCGACCAACAGGAAACAGCUAUUCCAGCAAAUGAAGGACUGAUAAACGACUGUUGUAAUCACUUGAACCCGCUUGAUCCGCAAGACUGGAACGAUGGAGGAUGGGCGAGGCGAACGUUUUGUCUGCUGAAGGCUCCGUUUGUUUUACUGCUUUUGCUAACAAUUCCAAUCGUGGAUGCGGAAGUUGAUCGCGAUGGAUGGUGUAAGCUGCUAAAUAUUUGUCACUGCUUCACACUUCCGCUGUUGAUAGUGCUUGUUAAUGGAGUCGCGUUCAUAAGGAUGGCGAAGGUGUACGUGUUUAUUUGGAUCAUCGCGAUCGCCUUACCCGUGAUGAUCGUCAUCUUCUACACGUCAAGAACCGAUCGAUGUCCAAAGUAUCACAAGCUGUUCACACUGCUUAGCUUCUUGGGCUGCAUUCAAGUGAUCUACGUUGUGGCACAGGAAGUUGUGAGUGUGCUCGAAACGGUCGGGAUCGUUCUGAAGCUGUCCAAGUCUGUGCUGGGCCUGUCGCUGCUUGCCUGGGGUAAUAGUGUUGGGGAUUUGUUCUCGAAUGUGGCUCUGGCGCGGCAAGGCUACGGAAAGAUGGCAUUUGCAGCAUGCUUCGGUGGUCCAUUGUUGAAUCUUUGUUUUGGAUUAGGUCUCACUCUCAUGACAAAAUCAUUCGGAGUUCAGGAUCUUGUAGCAGAAGUUCGCAAAGGAGUAAUGGGGGAGAACUGUGAGCUGUAUCUCUUUCAGAUUCUCACCACAACCUGGCUGUGCUUGCUGUUUACCAACUUUCAAGGCCGCCGAAGCGUUGGACUCGCGAUGAUCGUAACGUACCUGAUGUUUCUAGCAUUUUCAUUUCUAGGUGAGUUCGAGCUUAUCCAUCCAUACGGUACCGACCAUCAUCCCGAUCCAAAUGGCGGUUAAAGAUGUGCCAAGGCAUUCGGAGUGGGUAAAUCAACAAAAUAGAGACCGUUCCCUUCCUGCUUCACAGUAUAUGUACACAGCGAAACUUUAUUAAACUUGUAGCUUUAUUAAAUAUUAAUAAUACAGUACAGAAAGAAUGAAAAAACGUCAACAAAGAUAUAUCAAAUCAGUGUCAGCUGUUCGACAAACUGCGGUGUAGUGGAAAGAAUGAACCAGUCUACAGUACUGCCUCUCAGUUGAAUGCGUUUUUGGGAACACAGAACCGGUGUUUGUUCGGUAAUUUGGCUUUGCAAAACAAAAAAA